AUGAAGCAAAGGCAUUCAGUGGCCGCCCUCAAAAAGGUCAAGAAAAAUAUAAAAAAACACUUUAACGAUCAAGAUGCUUCUGAACUCCACAAAGUGUUGUCGAAGAAAUUGUUCGGGAAUUUGGUAGAGAUAUUUGAUCUAAUAUCUUAUCCUUGUGAACAAGUACCGAAAGAAGAUACAGAUCUAAAUGCGAUUACCAAUGACUUAGUAGAAGCACUUUAUGAUGGUCCACUAACUAUUGAUCCUUUGGAUGUAGAAGCGAAUGAAUUAAUUCAACUACUUAGUUCUCCAGUAUGGCGUAGCUUUUCUACUGCAUACACUGAAAUAACAACCAGUCACUUUGAUAUUCCUGAAUUACCUGAGAUAGCGUUCAUGACGUCGGGCCUGGGUGGUACUAAUACAAAUCUAGGAAGUUUUCUAGCCAGCAAAUCAUCUAACUUACAUGUGGCUGACAGAAGUUUUGGAGAUGGUAUUAUUAAAGAUAAUCGAAAUGGAAUUCCCAAUGAACUGUAUAAUUCACAACCAAUUAUGUACGGUGCUGGUAGUGAAAAAGUGUAUACUGACUUGAGAAAAAAUGAAGCUACUCUUACUGGAGGUGGCGAUGGUCCAGCAUUACCACCUGUAGAUGGUGCAGUAAAAAUGAUCGGGAUUCAAAAGAAUCAUGGUGAAGAUUUGGGUAUCACUGUUAUUCAACAACAAUAUAUGUCUGCACAUUAUGGUUUAGUGAAAGAAUUGGUAAUUAAACGAAUUUUAGCUGCUUCUCAUGUUGAACAGCUAGAUUUGUUACACGUAGGUGAUGUGAUUCGUGAAGCAAACGGAGUUCCAGUUGAUAAUCCUGAAGUACUACAGAAAGUAUUAAAAAAUGCAUCUGGAAACAUCACAUUGAAAAUCAUUCCUGGUUACCAAUCAACUCCUAUUUCUUCACAACUUUUUCUUCGAGCUCACUUUUCGUAUGAUCCAAAAAAUGAUAAUUUAAUUCCAUGCAAAGAAGCUGGUUUAAAAUUUUCAGCUGGUUCUGUCCUUCAAGUUCUUAAACAAGAAGAUCCUUAUUGGUGGCAGGCAAGACAUCAUAAUCAAGAUGGUCGUGCUGGUCUAAUUCCAUCUAUAGUACUACAAGAAAGACGUAAAGCCUUUAUUCAAAGUGCGCCUAAUCCAGAAGAGCUAACUUAUAAAAUGUUCGCAUGUGGACUUGCAAAACGUAGAAAGAAAAAAGUCACUAUACCAUUUUGUGCAAGAGAUGCUGAUAAUUAUGAUACUAAAGAUAUUGUACUUUAUGAAGAAGUUGCUAUGGUAUCCGGUUUCCAGCGUCCUGUUAUUUGUUUAAUCGGAGCUCCUGGAGUUGGUCGUCGAAGUUUACGUAAUAUGCUUAUUCGUGUUAAUCGAGAGAGAUAUUCAUCAGCUAUUGCACAUACAUCAAAAGAAUUAGAUGUUGGAGAAGAGGAUGAUGGUGAAUUUAUUGUUGAAUCGAAAGCAAAAAUGGAAAUGGAUAAUUUAAAAAAUAAAUAUCUUGAAUUCGGCGAAUAUGAAGAUAAUUUUUAUGGUACAAAAUAUGAUAGUGUCCGAGAAGUAGUACAAGCAGGUCGUACAUGCUUACUUGAUUGUUCGAUACAAGCUGUGUCCAAGUUAAGAAAUUCAGAAUUUAUGCCUUAUGUUGUAUUUCUUGCUGCUCCAUCGGUUAGUUGUAUGAAAGCGAUGUAUGAAUAUGGCAUGAGUAUGGGUUUCACUGAGAAAUGGAAAAGAGAUGAAACAUUUCGUAAAACACUUGAAACCAGUACCUAUAUAGAACGUGAAUAUAAUUAUCUCAUGGAUUUAAUUUUAUUAUGUGAUAAUAUUGAAACAACUUUUGAACAAUUAAAUUAUCAUCUAAAUAAUUUACUAACAGAACCACAAUGGGUACCAGCUAAAUGGCUUUAUUAA